GGGCAGGUUAUAGAGUUGGAACAGAGUCCUCUUUCCAGUCGCGCAUGCUACGUUCUCUUACUGUGUAGAACGUACCAUGCCAUAAAGUAUCUUGUUUAGUUUAGAGGGAAAGUAGCGCUUCUGUUGCAAUUGUUUUCCUAACUGUCACGCGAUGCUAGGUCUUCAGUUCUGUUUGUUUGUCUUCACAGUGGCGUCCGGACCGCAAGCAGACGGACUGCGUGUGAUGACCUUCAAUCGCGACGGUGACCUCCUACCCAGCUUUGCCACCUUCACCCGUGACCUGAGCAACCUGGUUAUCGAGGACAACACGAUCUGUCUGAGGUUUCGUGUGUUCUACUUCCGCCAGGUGUCUAGUCUCGUUAGCGCGAAGGCCAGCACGGAUAGGUCCAUUUACUUCCAAGUGCUCUUCAGGACCAUUCGGCAGCGCAUCGGAAAAUUCUCUAAAUUCUUCGACCUACCUCGCGACUUGGAGACUUGGCGAUGGUACCAUUUCUGUGGAACUUACAACAGCUUGUCUUCAGAGCUAGUACUGUACUUAGACGGACGAGAAGUGAUACGAGAAGAGGAAGUAGAAGCAGGGAGAGUUGACAUCCAACACCUAAUGUUAGGCCUUGGUGUGAACAUGGCUUCGAAAUAUGCCUUCAGUGGGCAGAUUACUCAGGUUAAUUUCUGGAGUCGUGCCCUUGCUGAAAAACAGGUCAGAGAAUUAUCCGACUGCUCACUUGACCUAGAAGGUGACCUCGUAUCGUGGGAAGGAGAGUGGAACCUGACGGAAGUGACUGUCGAGAACAUACCAAACAGCAAGAUGUGCAACAGAGAUGUAGAUAAUACCACGUACAUCCUUCUGGCUCUUCAGUCAUUCCAUUCUGCUUCCUCUACUUGCAAGGCGAUGGGUGGCUACAUCCCAUCCCCCACGACCAUUCCAGGUAUCAUGAGCACCCACGACCUGAUCAAGCCUUAUUCCUAUCUUUGCAACGGAGGGCGGCUCUUCGUGGGCAGUACCGACGUCGUGAAGGAGGACGAAUGGAGGGACGCCUUCACGGGAGAGCUGCUUGCCUUUCCGACGCGCGGGGACCCUUUCUGGGGAUCUGGAGAGCCUAACGGGUGGCGCUUCCAGAACUGCUUGACGACCCUCGGCGUGUACGUGUCCGAUACGCAGUGUCUGAGGGAGAGCUGUUCGGUGUGUAGGAUCCCGAGCCAUCAGGUGUGGACGCUGAGGGGCAUCUGCGAGGAAGAGACGAGGCACUACUACUUCACUUCGUCGAAGAUCGGCCUCAACGCCACCACUUUCCAGGGCUACACGGGCUAUGUCAUCGAUUCCACAAACGAGCUCUGGCUGUUUAGGGACGAAAUCAAAGGCGUUAUCAUGGCCACGCUCAACGCCACGGAGAACGAGCACCCGAUCGGCAGGAGGCUCUGGAACUUCGAGCAGCCGCAGUGUGACGAGGACCCGGGGUCGAGAUACCUGUCCCUGAUUUCUUGCCGCGACGGUGAGUUCGCCUGCGACGACGGCUCCUGCAUCGCCAUGAGGCUGCGCUGCGACAUGAAGUAUGACUGCCGUGACAAAAGCGACGAGGUCCGCUGCUCCAUCGUCGAAUUCGGCCCUCAGUACGAGCAGACUCUCCCGGCGCGCUCCACCGUUAACCCCUCCGGCGUCCUCCUUCUCUCCGCCGACGUCCUCAUCGAGACCAUCAACAUCAUCUCGACCGACAUGAUCAUGGACGCCUCCUUCGUGCUGGCGCUGAGCUGGCUCGACAGCAGAGUCACCUACCAGAACCUGAAGGUGACGACCUCCCUCAACCUGAUCCCGUGGCACCUGGCGCAGAGGCUGUGGGCGCCCACCUAUUCUCUUCACCAACACGGACGGCAACAUGAGGACGGUCGUCGACAUCGACUCGACGCUCUAUGUCGAUCGGGGAAACGGCGCCUUCCUGACGGACCUAACGAGACCUGACGUGGUGGAACUCUACCCUGGCGCGUCGACGAUUCUAUCCAUGUCAAGGAAAUACAGCAUCCAGUUCAAGUGCCAUUUUGACCUGACCCUCUAUCCGUUCGACUCCCAACAUUGCUACAUGAAGCUCAG